AAGAGACGUUUAAGCUGAGCUGGCUGUUGGGCUGUUUAGAGUUCCUAUUGACGACUUUAGUUGAGUGGGAGUCUGUCUCUAAAACCAGGAAGAUUAACACACACCGAGUGGAAAGCCCACUUAACUAGUCUGCUGUCCACAUUCCACACCCGUGGAGGUUAACUUUGAACAAAAAAAAAGUUGUUCUAGGUCUGUGAAAUCGACGCCGAAAUGGACCCCGCCAGUCAAGAUAUCAACCUGAACUCUCCUAACAAGGGCCUUGUUGUGGAUCAUUCAGACAGCCUCUCCGACGUGCCGGUGGAGGGAGUGGUGGGAGUGGUAGAGGGGGGGGCGAUGGCGAACCCAGCAGCCAACCCUCUUCCACCCGGCCUGACGGAGGAGGAAGCGGAGGAGCUCCGCACAGAGCUCACCAAGGUGGAGGAGGAGAUCAACACCCUGCGUCAGGUUUUGUCGGCCAAAGAGAGACACGCAGCUGAGCUGAAGAGGAAACUGGGCCUCAGCCCGCUCAACGAACUCAGGCAGAACUUCACCAAGGGCUGGCAAGACGUACAGACCUCCAACGCCUAUGUGAGAACCACUGAGAAACUGGGCGAGUGGAAUGAGAGAGUUACCAGCUUGGAUCUAUAUCUGUCUGCCUCGGCCACUUUGGAUGACAUUUCCCGCUCUGAAGCAUACAAAAAGACUCAAGAGACUCUCUCCCAGGCAGGACAGAAGACCAGUGCAGCUCUGACCACAGUGGGCACUGUGCUCAGCAAGAGACUGGGCGACAUGAGAGCUCUACCUUUCUCUAAUUCCUUUAGUAGCAACUAUUCCAUUCGCCACUCUAUAAGUAUGCCAGCCAUGAGGAACUCUGCAACCUUCAAGUCAUUUGAGGAUAGAAUGGGGAACCUGAAGUACAAGGUUGUUGGCCCCAGAGAUAACGGGGAGGCCGUCUCCCCCACCGACACCACCCCCACUCAGGAGAACCCGUCCUUCUGAAUGCAUCCCUGCUCCUCCUCCUCGCUGCCACCUUCCUCACGACCUGAGACUGUACUGUUAAUCGCCUCACAUCGCAGAGUCAGCCCUGACCGUUGACCCUCCAGCUCGCCACCGCUCACACUUUGCCUCGGGGUCUGUGGAAGCAGACGGGGCGGGUUGUGAAGAACUCGUUUGGUUUGAGGUGGGAUGCUGGUCCCACAGCUUCCAUUCUUCUGCCUUGCUGCUGAGGAAAAGGAAAAUGUUUUGUUGAUGUCUAAACCUGAAUAAUUUACAGACCGUGCUUUGUUACAUCACCCCCCCCCCCCCCCACCCCCUCGCCUCUACUUCCUCCCCAGUUAGACCCACACCCCUUCGUUAGUCCAAAUAAGUCAAAACUGUUGUCUCCUGCGCGUUUCACACACCUUCUUUCACCUGUUUCAGCAAAUCCCCUGGCUAAAAAACAAGGGUAAAAGGCAUUAUUAAGAGUCAGGCUCUUAAACUAAAUGAGGAACUUCACAUUUAUCUUUGGGUUUGGGUGUUUGUUAAGAUGCCGCGUAAGUCAGUUUAGAGCCCGGGUAUCUACAGACUGAAGGUGGAGGAGCAAGACGGUGGUUUAUACUGCUACCAUUUCUGUCUUCUUGUUUCUGAGUGCUCUCAUGUACUUGAAAUCCUACAUUCACGCUGUGAGCACAUGCUGGUGUCACCACAGUAUCUCCAUAUAUUGUCUCUCUACUUGUACAGAGUUCUCUUCACAGCUGCGCGGAUGGUUGGAGGUUGGAGGUUAGUGGUACGUGGUACCGUACAAACCACGCAAAGAAGACUGAGGUCUCGCGUAACACCCUAAGAACACCCACAGGAUGUAAAAACAGGAAGAAAAAACAACCGUAAACCAUUUUGUAUUACAAACUAUUUUACACUGCUUUGCAAAAAUGUUUUUACAUAACUUUUAUCAAUAUGUAUAAAUAUAGAUGAGUAAAUAUAUUGUCUCUGAUGCCGAACGGUAGUGAUCAGUUUAGGAGGUUUAAGGAAAAGUCAGGGGAAGGCUAAACAAAUGUAAAAAGAAAAACUAUGGGUCAGUUUCACAGACAUGAGGGUUUCUUCUGUCAGGGUUUUGUUUCUCUUUUAAGUACAUUUGUGAUCUGAAAAAAUGUUUGACACUGACUCAUUAAUGAGCUGCAGUCGUUUUGCACCCGCCUGGGUUUUAAUCGGACGAGAAAGAACAUAAUCAAAAUGGUUUAAUUUGACGGAAGUGUACCGUGAUGUUUUGAUCUCUGCAGCGCGUUAACGCCGCCAUUUGCCAAGUUAGACUGAAACCUCCAAUGUUUUGAAACCACUUUGACUUUGCUUCUUUGUCCCCUGGUUUGACUGUAGUUCCCUUCCUGUUGUUGAAGGGAUCGUUUGGGUGUUUUGAAGUGUGGUUGUAUGAGUGUGUAGUACUACAAUAGAUGGCGAUCGGCACGCCCCCAAUUUGGAGAAACAGGCCGGAGUAUCAGCACGGGAGCAAAGCAAUGUACUGCUGUGGACGUAUUUUAGACACUUCAAAGAAAUCAAUAUGGGUUUAGAUGUACGAUAUCUUUAGAAUAUUUUCACUGCUUUACCUUUCCGUCACACAGACCAUCAUUUUACCUCUCAAAAUACGGGAGUUGCCCGUCUACUGAUGCCUCUGACUGUGUAUAAGUACCUCAUACAACACUACUUCAAAAAGUUAAAAUGAUCCUUUCAACAUUCAGAACUCGAUGUGAGACGAUGCUUUGCUUUGUACACUACCCGGUGAAUGUCGACGCUUCUCUAUCGGCUUUACUCACUUUAAAUGGUUCACUUGUUAUAAUUCUGCUGGUAGAAAAGUUUUGUUUUGUUUUUCUUUUUUUGUUGUACAGACUGGUUUGAUUGAAGGAAGGAGAGUUGGCAUUUUAAAUAUUUAGAAUCUUGACCGGCCACAAAAUGUGUCAUAAAACCGUCUCGCUGCCAUUAGAGGAGACUUUGCUAACGGCCCCUUAAUGCACUCCUGUUACCACACAUCAGGUGCUACUCAAUGCCCUACUCGCACACUCUGCAUGAGGCCAAACUAACGCACACCUUUUGUACAAGAUCACUGUUGCUCUUAUCGUCGUGCACCUGUAGUGAUAAAACAGAAGCUCUUACAUACCACACAGCCUCAGAAAUGUUGUGCAGCGCCGCACUUUUCUCCUGAACCUGAAAAACAAGAAGGUUGAUUACUAUCGAUGCUGAUCGUGGUCGAUUUUGCACUGAAGGUGUUUCAAUGUUGCCUCUCGCAUUGCCGACUACAAAAUGUUGCUCUUGUAUCCUGGCUCAGCUUCAGUACAAUGUCUCCAAAUGCCAAUGUGUUUUAUUGAGGCCAUAGAAAAGUAUGAACAUGAAUUGUUAUAUUUUGAUGACAUUAAAUGAUUUCCGCCAAAACUUACAUCCAUUGAAUGAAAAUGCACACAGCUUAUAAACAAACACCCCCCCGGCUUCAUAACUGCCAGUGUAUCAUAAGUGUAUCUUCUUGUUUUUGUUUGUGUUGGUCAUUUCUCUAGUUAAUAUAUUCCUGUUGGGUGAAUUGUUCUGUUUUUCUUUUGGUUUUCCUUUUGGUAUUUGUACAAAUAAUUUGCCAUCACUUUCAAAAAAAAACAAGUUGCCAAUACCUAAUUAUCUGUUACAAAAUCUCUUCCUGAAUCUCAUGGAGUGGAAAACACAGAUGCACACUACAAGAAAUGUAAAUCUCAAGUCAUUUAGUUCAGAAUUGAUGUGCUGGAUAGAAAAAGAUGCUCUUUUGAUUUGGGUGCCAAUGGGAAGUGCAGCACAUCAGUGCCAGCUGCUGCAGAGGCUGGAGGACAGUAGAGUACUUUAAGCUUUAUCUAGGUCCUGGGCCUAACUGAUGUAGAAUAUCAAAAGAGAUCAGAUUUGGACGAUUAUGGUGAAUUAAUUAUUUGGUCUUCUUGUAUAUGUUUGGAUAUCAAUAAAGCAUUCCUUUAAAUGAAUGAG